AUGGAAUCCGAGUACUGUCGGCUUGCGGAGACAAUCCGUCAACAGGCUAGCAUCCACCCUAAGUCACGCUACCUCGUCGCCAUCGCCGGUUUCCCGGGGUCUGGGAAGACGACCACAGCUCAGGCGGUCGUCCAGCAGCUAAAUAAAGAUUGCCAGGUGCAUGCUACGCUCAUCUCAAUGGAUGGAUUCCAUUUGUCACGCAAAGCUUUAGACCAACUACCAGAACCCCAGCAAGCACAUGUCCGUCGCGGAGCACCGUGGACGUUUGACGUCUCACGCUUUGUGACUUUUAUGCAUCAACUUCGUGCCUGGUCAGAUCAGACACCGCUGGUACCGCCAUCGUCAGUGACUUGGCCUGCCACGGACAUUAUCUGGGCACCGGCGUUCGAUCAUGAAGCAAAAGAUCCAGUCGAAGAUGGAAUUUCCAUUACACCCAAUGCAUCUAUCAUUAUUGUUGAGGGAAACUACUUGCUUCUCGACGAGCCGGGUUGGCGAGACUUGGCAACGCUAGUCGAUUAUCGAGUCUUUGUCGAUACGGAUUUGCAAGAGGCUCGUGAGAGAACCGCGAAGCGCCAUGUGUGUGCCGGCAUUGAGAAGACACUGGAAGAUGGUUACCGGCGCGUGGAUAGUAAUGACUAUCUCAAUGCAUUGUGGAUCCAGGAGAAGCUCCUUGUGCCUGACCUGGUGAUGAAAAGCAUCCCAGUGAAUGAGAUCAGAUUGAUUUAG